UGGCAACCAUUUCGUGCGUCCUUUUCGCGCCCGUACAGAUUUACACGAUCUUCUACACCUAUUAGUCACUGCGGUCGGCGAACACAGCACCCGCAAGCCGGAGAUCCCUCCACCUCAUUCCUUAUCGCGGCUUGCAGCAAGUGCCCAUCAUGUCCGACGAACUCAAGGCUAAGGGAAACGCGGCGUUUUCAGCCGGGAACUUUGAGGACGCUAUCAAGUUCUUCACACAGGCGAUCGAAGUCGAUCCUAACAACCAUGUACUAUACAGCAACCGUUCCGCGUCGCAGGCUAGCUUGAAGAACUAUGCGGCUGCGUUGGCGGAUGCCCAAAAGUGCGUGUCGCUCAAGCCCGACUGGGCCAAGGGCUACAGCCGGCUGGGCGCAGCGCGGUACGGACUGGGGGAGUUUGAGGAGGCGAUGGAGGCGUACGAGAACGGUCUCAAGCAGGACCCCGCCAACGAGCAGCUCAAAUCCGGGCUGGAGGAGGCUCGUGCCGCAGCCGCGCGCCCCCGCAACCCCUUCUCCUCGCCCGACGUCAUCCUCAAGCUGGCCACCGACCCGCGCGGCAAGGCGCUGCUGCAGCAACCCGACUUCAUGCGCAUGUUGGGGGACGUACAGGCCGACCCCAGCCGCAUCAAUGGAUACCUGGGGGACCCGCGCAUGCAGCUGCUGUUGGAGCUGGCGCUGGGCAUCCGCAUGACCCGACCUGGCGCCGAGGAGGAGGGCCCGGGAGCGAACGGCACCGCGCGCGAAGAGGCGCCCAAGCCCAGGGCCGAGCCCGCGGCGGCCUCCAAGCCCGCCCCAGCUGCUUCCGAACCCACCCCCGCAGUGACCUCGCAGUCCGACGUUGACAUGACGGACGAGGAGCGCGAGGCGGCUGCUCGCAAGUCGGAGGCGCUCAAGGCCAAGGAGGCGGGCAACGAGGCGUAUAAGAAGAAGGAGUUCGAGGCGGCCAUCGGGCACUACAACCGGGCACUGGAACUGUACGACGGGGACGUCACCUUCCUCACCAACCGCGCGGCCGUGUACUUUGAGCAGGGCAAGUACGAGGAGUGCAUUGCGGACUGCGAUGCCGCUGUUGAUCGCGCCCGGGAGCUGCGAGCGGACUACAAGCUCAUCGCUCGUGCGCUGGGUCGCAAGGGCAACGCGCUGGUGAAGCUGGACAGGCUUGAGGACGCCAUCUCCGCCUACAACAAGUCCCUCAUGGAGCACCGCACCGCCGACACGCUGGCGCUGCUGCACAAGACGGAGCGGGCGCUCAAGGAGCGGCGCGAGCGGGAGUACAUCGACAUGGGGCUGGCGGAGGCGGAGCGGGAGAAGGGCAACACCGCUUUCAAGGAGCAGCGAUACCCCGAGGCGGUGCAAGCCUACCAGGAGGCGCUCAAGCGCGGCCCCCCCGCUGUCAACCCGGAGGCCUACAAGCUCUACUCCAACCUGGCUGCAUGCUACACCAAGCUGGGAGCCUACCCGGAGGGGGUCAAGGCCGCUGACAAGUGCAUCGAGCUGAAGCCCGACUUCGCCAAGGGCUACAGCCGCAAGGGCACGCUGCAGUACUUCAUGAAGGAGUACGACAAGGCCAUCGAGACGUACCAGAAGGGUUUGGAGCUGGAGCCGGACAACCAGGAGCUGCAGGAGGGACUGCAGCGGGCGGUGGACGCUAUCAGCAGGUUCGCCACGGGCCAGGCGAGCGCGGAGGAGAUCAAGGAGCGGCAGGCGCGCUCGCUGGCGGACCCCGAGGUGCAGGGCAUUCUGAAGGACCCCAUCAUGCAGCAGGUGCUGCGCGACUUUCAGGAGGAUCCGCGCGGCGCGCAGAAGCACCUGCGCACGCCUGAAAUCAUGGCCAAGAUCAACAAGCUGGUGGCGGCGGGCAUCAUCCAGGUCAAGUAGAGGUGAGGGGUUCAGGAGGGUUUAGGAAGUGGGGUUUCGGGGGAGUGGCAUUUGGAAGGGUGGCUGAGGUGAGGAACCGAUGGGAGACAGCGGUUCAGGACGUGUCCUAAUGCUGGCGACGGUGGAACUGGUGAUGGGGAGAGCAGGGGUUACCGGCGGGAGUGGUGUGGCGUCGAGGCGUACAUACUGGUGAGGUAGCCUGGGGUUUCGGGCAUAGGGUGAAAGGACAGGGCAGAUGACAAUCCGUUGGUGGCUUCGCACUUUCUCGUCCGAUUAGGAUUGAUCCCGUACGUAGGAUUUGUCCGUAAGUUUUCCCUUGCUACGGUUGGUGGGGACGGUGCUCUAAGACCAACGUAUGGCUUACUCUCGCUUCCCUGCAUUUAUCGGUUUGGGUUGUUGGCUGCCGGUUGGAAGAGCGUGGAGUGUGUGAAAGUUGUCUAACUGCAAUCGGGGAAAAGAGCGUCGGAGGGUGUGUUGCUGCAUGCACCUACACAACCACCAGCAUGAGCAGGUGGCGGCUGUGCGGAUGGGAAGUUGGGCGCUCCGUAAUCGCAGCACAUAUGUUGGGACGAACACCGUCUGCAAUGAUACCGCUAGUUGCAUGCAGUGACUGAGAGGACGACUGACUGUUGCAGGAGUGAGUUUCAACCCAAUCCAGAGGCGGUGACAUGAGGGAGAUGGAAAGGAGGUACAGAUAAUUUACAUGACAAGCAGCGUUGGCCCAUGUAAUGACUGUGUAGCUGCAUUGUACUGUUUCAGUGCCCCUAAUGAAGUUCUAACCUCACAACUUCUCUCCCUACACUUGCAUCACACAAAGCGACAACAGGUGCUGUAAUUAGCAGCAGCUUUUGCCCUGGGUAUCAACCCUACACAUGUAUAAACGUUUCCUGUUUCAAAAGGCGCUUACCU